CAUUUGCAAAUGUCAAAUAAUGUCAACGUCAGCUUCGUAACAGAAAGUAAUUUACUGUAUUCCAAAAUUUAAAAUAUUAAUUCCAUUACGGUGGAAUUUCGUCCACCAGAACAGAAUAAUAUAUUAAUCGCCAACAUGUAUUCUGUCUUAACUAGAGUAAAUGCGAUACUAACGUACACUCUCAGUGUUCUAGCAUGUCUAACGUUUCUAUGCUUUCUUUCCACAUUAACUGUAGAUUACAGAACUACGGCUCAAAUGAAUACAGUGAAAGUUGUAGUCAAGAAUGUGCCAGAUUAUGGUGCAUCUAGGGAAAGAAAUGAUCUUGGUUACUUAACGUUUGAUCUCAAGACAGAUUUGUCAAAUCUAUUCAACUGGAACGUGAAACAGUUGUUCUUAUACCUCACUGCCGAGUAUGUUACACCAAACAAUGAAUUGAAUCAAGUUGUGCUGUGGGACAAAAUAAUAUUAAGAGGCGAGAACGCUUUGCUAGAUUUUAAGAAUAUGAACACCAAAUAUUAUUUCUGGGAUGAUGGAAACGGUUUAAAAGGUCACAACAAUGUCACACUUAGUCUGUCAUGGAACAUCAUCCCCAACGCAGGUUUACUUCCUAACAUCCCAGCCCUUGGCCAACACUCGUUCAAGUUUCCAGUAGAGUAUACUCAAACAAGGGUAUGAUUUACAGAGAAACACAUUAAAAUUGUGUAGGUGAACUUGUGAAUGUGUGUUAUUUGAUAAGACAGAAUAUACAAUUUAUUUA